AUGUGUGCGUCGGUCAAGUACAACAUCCGGGGUCCCGCCCUCAUCCCGAGAAUGAAGACCAAGCACCGCAUCUACUACAUCACCCUCUUCUCCAUCGUCCUGCUGGGUCUCAUCGCCACGGGCAUGUUUCAGUUCUGGCCGCACUCCAUCGAGUCCUCGGGCGACUGGAACGUGGAGAAGCGCAGCGUCCGAGACGUGCCGGUGGUCAGGCUGCCGGCCGACAGCCCGGUGCCCGAGCGCGGCGACCUCAGCUGCAGGAUGCACACGUGUUUCGACGUCUACCGCUGCGGCUUCAACCCCAAGAACAAGAUCAAGGUGUACAUCUACCCUCUGAAGAAGUACGUGGGCGAGGCGGGUGUCCCGGUGAGCAGCACCAUCUCCCGGGAAUACAACGAGCUGCUCACGGCCAUCUCAGACAGCGACUACUAUACCGACGACAUCACCCGCGCCUGCCUGUUCGUCCCGUCCAUCGACCUGCUCAACCAGAACUCGCUCCGCGUGAAGGAGACGGCGCAGGCGCUGGCCCAGCUCUCCAGAUGGGAUAGAGGUACCAAUCACCUCCUGUUCAACAUGUUGCCUGGAGGCCCCCCAGAUUAUAACACGGCCCUGGAUGUCCCCAGAGACAGGGCUCUGUUGGCUGGUGGUGGCUUUUCUACGUGGACUUACCGGCAAGGCUACGAUGUCAGCAUUCCUGUCUAUAGUCCGCUGUCAGCUGAGGUGGACCUUCCGGAGAAAGGGCCCGGGCCGCGGCGGUACUUCCUCCUGUCGUCCCAGGUGGCCCUGCACCCGGAGUCCAGAGAGGAGCUGGCCGCCCUCCAGGCCAGACACGGCGAGGCGGUGCUGGUGCUGGACAAGUGCAGCAACCUCUCCGAGGGCGUCCCCGCCGCCCGGAAGCGCUGCCACCAGCAGCAGGCCUUCGACUACCCGCAGGUGCUGCAGGAGGCUACUUUCUGCAUGGUCCUUCGUGGAGCUCGGCUGGGCCAGGCGGUAUUGAGUGAUGUGUUACGGGCCGGCUGUGUCCCGGUGAUCAUCGCAGACUCCUACGUUCUGCCUUUCUCUGAAGUCCUUGACUGGAAGAGAGCAUCUGUAGUUGUGCCAGAAGAAAAGAUGUCAGAUGUGUACAGUAUUCUGCAGAGCAUCCCCCGAAGACAGAUUGAAGAAAUGCAGAGACAGGCACGGUGGUUUUGGGAAGCCUACUUCCAGUCAAUCAAGGCCAUCGCCCUGGCCACCCUGCAGAUCAUCAAUGAUCGGAUCUAUCCAUACGCCGCCAUCUCCUAUGAAGACUGGAACGACCCCCCUGCCGUGAAGUGGAGCAGUGUGAGCAACCCUCUCUUCCUCCCCCUCAUCCCCCCGCAAUCUCAAGGUUUCACAGCCAUCGUCCUCACCUACGACCGAGUGGAGAGCCUCUUCCGGGUCAUCACUGAAGUGUCCAAGGUGCCCAGCCUCUCCAAGUUACUGGUCGUCUGGAACAAUCAGAAUAAAAACCCUCCUGAAGAUUCUCUGUGGCCCAAAAUCCGGGUUCCAUUAAAAGUUGUGAGAACGGCCGAAAACAAGUUGAGUAACCGCUUCUUCCCUUACGACGAAAUCGAGACAGAGGCCGUCCUGGCUAUUGAUGAUGAUAUCAUCAUGCUGACCUCUGAUGAGCUGCAGUUCGGUUAUGAGGUCUGGCGAGAGUUCCCUGACCGGUUGGUGGGUUACCCGGGUCGCCUGCACCUCUGGGACCACGAGAUGAAUAAGUGGAAGUAUGAGUCUGAGUGGACCAACGAGGUGUCCAUGGUGCUCACAGGUGCAGCCUUUUAUCACAAGUAUUUUAACUACCUGUAUACCUACAAGAUGCCUGGGGACAUCAAGAACUGGGUGGAUGCUCAUAUGAACUGUGAAGACAUUGCCAUGAAUUUCCUGGUGGCUAACGUCACAGGGAAAGCUGUCAUCAAGGUAACACCACGAAAGAAAUUCAAGUGUCCUGAAUGCACAGCCAUUGAUGGGCUUUCACUCGACCAGACACACAUGGUGGAGAGGUCCGAGUGCAUCAACAAGUUCGCUUCCGUCUUUGGGACAAUGCCUCUUAAGGUGGUGGAGCACCGAGCAGACCCCGUCCUGUACAAGGACGACUUUCCUGAGAAACUGAAGAGCUUCCCCAACAUCGGCAGCUUAUGA